CGCUCUCUUCCCGUUUCCUUUUCUUCUUCAUUCUUCAUUCCUUCCUUCCAUUUUCGCGGCUGUAAUGGCGAAGUCGUCGACCCCCACGACGACGUCGCUUUCGACCGUUAAACCCAAGGAUUAUGCUCAUAGUCCUGUCCAUUACGCCGUCGCUCUUGCGGAUCAUUCGGCUCUUUCUCGUAUCGUUUCCACUCUUCCUCGUCUUUCCGAUCCUGUUCUUAUUCAUACCGAGGCUGAUUCUCUUGCUCAGGAGCGCAUUGCUGACAAGAUCUCUGCCGUCCUCGACCGCCGUGAUGUGCCCUACCGUGAAACUCCUCUACAUCUCGCUGUUAGGCUUAAGGAUGCUUUUGCGGCGCGCACUCUUUCCUCUGCUGGUGCUGAUAUUUCCCUCCAGAAUUCUGCCGGAUGGAACCCUCUGCAGGAGGCUAUGUGUCGCCGGAGUUCCGAUAUUGCGCUCAUUCUCCUCCAGGUUCACCACCGUGCUGCUUGGUCCAAGUGGCGCCGACGAUUGCCGCGCGUCAUUGCUGUUCUUCGUCGAAUGCGAGAUUUCUAUAUGGAAAUUUCGUUUCACUUUGAGAGCUCUGUAAUUCCGUUUGUUGGGAAAAUUGCACCGUCGGAUACGUACAGAAUCUGGAAGCGCGAUGGUAAUCUCCGAGCCGAUACGUCUUUGGCUGGAUUUGAUGGCUUGAAGAUCCAGCGCGCGGAUCAGAGUUUUCUCUUUCUUGGCGACGGCGAUCACAGCCACGACAUUCCCUCCGGUUCACUGCUAGUGAUCAACCGCGACGAUCGCAAAAUCUUCGACGCCUUCGAGAACGCGGGAGCUCCGAUGAGUGAGUCCGACAUUGCUGGAUUCUGUUCUCAGACGAGUGUGUACCGGCCUGGAAUGGACGUCACGAAAGCAGAACUCAUUGGAAGAACCAACUGGAGAAGACAAGAGAAAACCGAAAGCGUCGGAGAAUGGAAAGCGAAAGUUUACGAAGUACAUAACGUACUGUUCAGCUUCCGAUCGCGAAAGGUAGCUGGCAGCGAAGGUGACGUGGCGGGUAGUGAGCAGGUCCUCCCGCUGGAACUCGACGAAGACGACGAUGGGUUCUUAGUAGCCGAAAACCCCAGUUUCGGGCUGCCGGACAGGAAUAGCACCGACCGGCGAAGACACAGUAGCUUUGUUCGGGAAGAGAGGGAAUGGGUAAUGAUGCCGAGAAAAAGCGUGGACAUACCAUCUGCGACAGCGCCACCGCCGAGGAAGGCCGUGAGGCCAAAUUUUACGGCGGUUCCAGUUGAGCCGCCGCAGACGAAGGAAAAGGAGUACGUGAGGAGCUUACGUCCAUCGGUGUGGUUAACGGAGCAGUUCCCAUUAAAGACGGAGGAGCUACUUCCUUUACUCGACAUUUUGGCGAACAAAGUGAAGGCAGUGAGAAGAAUGAGGGAGCUACUCACCACCAAGUUCCCGCCGGGAACUUUCCCGGUCAAGGUGGCUAUUCCAGUGGUGCCGACUGUGAGAGUGGUGAUAACCUUCACCAAAUUUGUAGAACUUCCACCGGUGGAACAAUUCUACACACCGUUUUCAAGCCCAAGGCAAUUAGCCAACAGCGGAGGAGAAGACCCUUCUGAAUCCUCCUCCCACUAUUCGUCUUUGCCGUCUUGUUCUUCUUCUUCUUCCUCUUCAUCGUCAUCUACGUGGCUGAGGCGAAGCAGCAGCCACUCAGUUGCUGGAUCGACGGCAAAGCAAAACCAACGGUGCUCGUGGUCGGCGGGUCAAGAUGAAGUAGACCCAUUUGCGAUUCCGAGUGGUUAUACAUGGGCGAGGUCCGAUGACAAAUCAAGCAAACUGAAAAGGUCAAAAUCCACCAGGAAAUCCAAAUGAUUGUACUGCUGGGGAAGAUGAUGAUGAUGAUGAUGAAUGAUGAGAAAUGAAAUGGGAAUUAAUUUAAAUUAGUUGUAUGAAUUUGGUUGUGGUUUUCAUUUUACAGAUACGAUGUAGAUAACCGUCUAAUUAUAACUCAUCCUUUCAGAAUGUUGGUGGUCUAGACAUAAUUUUUUUUUUUUAUUCUGGUCAACAAUCGUAGUCAACUUCAAAGAAAUAGUUGCUGACAGUUUUGUUUUUCCUUUUGUCGGAAUUUUGAUCUUUGCCCACUGAGUUCAAUAUUCUUCCCCACCGAUUCUUAUAAUUUGAAUCUUUUAUUUCUUUU